ACAAUCAAGUAUAGGAAAGCCUAAGAUUGUGGCUGGCUAACCACGAUGUGGUUUUGCAAGUAAACAGUGCGAGAUUUGGUGCGUUUAUCGCGAAUUUUUUUCGGGCCCGUGUCUGUCGUACGUUGUGGUUGGUGUGAUUGAUGGUUUGGUGCAAAUAGUAAAGUGACAUAAUCAUAAGACGGGCGAGGAAUCACCAUUUUGCAAAAUAUUUGUAAACGAAAUUAUAUGAAUUUUAAAACUGGAUCACAGUGACCCAUCAAUAGCAGCUGAGAGAUAACUUUUUGUCUGUAGCAGUUACGGAUUAAAGAUUCUCGUCUAAUUAACACACCACGAUUUACCAACAUACACGAAUUACCAAGACACUACUAGGGAUUUCCAUUUCAAUCAAAAAUCCGAAGUUCAACACGACAUGAUGAAAUCGGAAUACGUAGCUGUGGCGGCGAUAGUGGCUUUGGCCACGGCGUGCUGUGCUGGCUCGACACCCUUGGCGGCGGCGGAAAAUCGAUUCGCGAGAGACGGCAACAGGGCCGCCAGAGCAACAGAUUUCCAGCGGACGAAUGCAGCUGCUCCAGCGGCGAGUGAAGUUUUUCCCGAUUCCGAUGAGAACGAGGCGGAUAGGUGGAAAAGAGCCAACGAUCCUUGGGACGGAGAACAUUCCGAGUUUAAGUCAUUUACAACUUAUUCUGUUUGGAAACCACCAGUAUACCAACUCAACAGACCCUACUUUAUUCCGAUCUACGGUUCUAAUGGAAGAAUUCCGAUAUAUUUUGCUCCACAGCCUUAUGAUAAACCACCGUACGUAGGACCUUCCUAUCUUCCACCAAAAGAAUAUGACGUCACCUCAGAAAGGCCCAUGGAAACCAAGAUGACGGUGAAACCCAGAUUCGAGUUUGAUGAUGAGGAUGACAGACCAGUGUGGGAUAAAGGUACCAACGACAUAAACGACAAAGAAUAUAACAGGCCUGCACGACCUCCCUCAAAUGGCGCCACCAUUCCACUUUCAGCCCAAGACGAAGAUACCCUAAAUGAAAUCUUUACCACAAAAACAACGCAAUCUCCACCCAACAGGCAAACCCGUCCAACUAGGCCAACUAGGCCAACUCGUCCAACAAGACCAACUCAACGUACGAGACCUACAACUCCCAGAACUCCAACUCCAACUCCAACCACCAGACGUACCCCAAAGACUGAUGGUCCUAGUGACUGUGUUUGGGCAGUUGUUUCAUGCUGCUCUGCGAAUAGUGAUAUGUAUCCCGAAGGAUGCUUCGAAGCAAGAGGUUGUCCGGGUCCAUUUUGGGGUAAUAGUCCUUGUGGCAACGAAUUCGCCAAGGCAGCUGUGGAAUCGGCUUUAAAAUAUUACAGGCCAUCAGCAAGAAAAUGAUGACAAGAAUAUGUUUUUGAUUGAUUAAGUGCUCUCAUGGUGAUGUAUUAUAGGCGAGCGACAAACCCCUAAUUUGAGGCUUAGAAAUCGAAAAAGCGACCAUGAUAGGUGAGUAGCAAAUUUUGGUCAUUCUUCAUGUUUUCGAGGUCGCUGAAUCCGAAUAUGAAGUUUAUUUUUAUCUAGAAUUAAUGGAACAUGUUCAAAAAUCAAAUUAUUUGCAAAAAUACGAAAAAUCAUUUUUGAUGAUUUUUCAUAUUUACCUCGCUGUAUCUUUGGUCGCUGUAAACAUUUCAUUUUGAAAAUUUUACUGGGGCAUCCUUGAAGUACUUAGAUAACAAUGAUAUUUGUCCGGGAUGUUUAAACAAAUUAAUAGAGAAGUUGUUAAUUUUUAAACAUUUUGUCGUAAGAUAUCGUUAGUUUCAUGUUUACUUAAAAAAUUUAUGUGACAAACUUUUUAUUUUAUAAUUUUAAUCAACACAGCAUUAAAACAUGUCAUAAAGAUGUUUUCUGGAAGAUCUCGUCAAAAUUUGCAAUAGGAAAAAAAUUAUGUGACUUUAUAGAUGACUGCACUCACCCAAAAAACGCUUAUUUCUCGAGAUAUUAACCACUGUGUGGUGAAUGGCUAAUUUUGGUCUUCCUUUAUGUGUGUGUGCUAUCGGAUUUCUUGACUGUGGACUUAAUCCAUUAGCCGAACUAAAUUUGCUUACGAACUAAAAUCUUAUGAGAUAUCUGUUAUACCUACUCUCAUUAUAUUUUUGAAUAUGAAUGACCUAUUUAAUAAUAAUGAUUUACAAAUAUAAGUACUUAUCUAUUUCAAUGAUAGCUUUUUUCAAUUUUUUUUAUAUCUAUUUUUUUAUUUAUUUUAUUUAUUAUUGUUUUUUUUAACUCUAAGGAUUAUUAACUGGGAUACAUAAGUGCUCAGGGGUCUUUCAGAGCAAAAUCAAACAAGACCAGACCACGGAAACUUCUUCAUGAAUUAUGGUGUAUUCCUGUUUUCGUUAAAAUUAUAAACUAAAAAGUUUGUCACUAAACUUUUAAAUACACAUGAAACUAAGGCAAUCUGAAGACAAAAUGUUCAAAAAUUAACAACUUUUUUUUAAUUUGUUUAAACAUUUUGGACAAAUCUCAUUGUGAUCUAAAUACUUCAGAGAUGACACAGUAAAAUUUUUAAAAGGAAAUAUUUACAGCGACUAAAGAUACAACGAGGUAAAAUUGAAAAAUCAUCAAAAUUUAUUUUUCUAAUUUUUGCAUAAAAUUUGAUUUUUUAACAUGUUCCACCAAUUCUAUAAAAAAAUAAACUUCAUAUUCGGAUUCAGCGACGUCUAAAACAUAAAGAUUGACUAAAAUUGGUUAUUCACCUUAAAGUUUACUUUCGUGGUCGGUAUAACGUAAUUUUAGGGGUUGCUGCCGCUCCCUUAGGAAGUCACUGCCAUACUGUACAUCACUGAGAAUAAAGUGAAAGUACAUAAAUAUUUUGAAGUUUAAACUCGGGGAACACUAUUUUGCAAUGUAUUCUGAUCCCAGAGAAAAUAACAAAAUUAUUGUAAAUGUUUUUAAACACUUGCAAUAUAUUUUAUUAUUUUUAAUUUUUGUUUCAUAAAAAAAUGUCAGGUGAUUCCUUUUUCAAAAUAUUCUGUCAUAUUAUUUACAACUCUAUUUACAACAGUAUUUUAAUUUUUUUUAUUGAUAGUUAAGUAUGAAUUUGAAAGAGUAAAAUAUAUAGUUUCUUUAAAUAAAGUUUUAAAUUUAGAUCACAAGCAGUUUUCGGAUGAAAAACGAAUGGUGUGAUCUAUGUUUGAAGGAUGUGUAUCAUUUCUGUAGAAAAUGUUUUUUAGUAAUAAGUAUGUAUUUAUUUUUGUGAUAACUGUUUAGUGUAGCUUUUGUAUAUUAAUGCAAUCGUACUGUGUAGGAGAAUUCAAUAAAUUUUUGAAAGUGAUAA